AUGCGUGCAAGUGCAACAUCUUUGCUACUGUCUCUCGCCGUCGCAACCGCGGCAUGCCUCUCCGCCGCCGCCGCCGCCGCAGUCGCACAGCCGCCACAGUCAUCAUGCCGGAGAAAAUGCGGCGACGUAGACAUCCCUUACCCGUUCGGCAUCGACGACGACGCGCCCGGCUGCUACCUGGGGCACGGCGGCGGCAGCUACGGCUUCAACGUCAGCUGCAACGACACCGGCGACGGCGUGCUCAAGCCGUUCAUCUGGGACGUCGAGCUGCUCGGCGUCUCGCUGCUGGACGGCGAGGUCCGGAUCCUGAUGAGCAUCGCCUCCUACUGCUACAACCGGUCCUCCGGCGCCAUGGACGACCCCGACAACAACUGGGCGCUGGACUUCACCUCCUCGCCGUACAGGUUCUCCCACACGCGCAACACGUUCACGGCCAUCGGGUGCAGGGCGCUCGCCUACAUCGGCGGCGACAACGUCGACGCCGACGUCGGCAGCCUGACCACCGGGUGCGUGGCCACGUGUCGGCCGGGCGACCUCGCCAACCUCACCGCCGGCGGCGCCUGCUCCGGCAUAGGCUGCUGCCAGACGUCAAUCCCCAUGGGGCUCCAGUACUACUUCGUCUGGUUCGACGACCGCUUCAACACCACGAGCAUACACCGCACGAGCCGCUGCAGCUACGCGGCGCUCAUGGAGAGCUCGUCGGCGUUCAGGUUCUCGCCGGACUACGUUACCUCGUCGGCGUUCAACGACAGCUUCAACGGGCAGGCGCCGCUGAUCUUGGAUUGGUCCGUCGGCAGCGAGAGCUGCGAGCAGGCGAGGCGAAAUGGUCGUCCGGACUCGUACGCGUGCAGAAGCAGCAACAGCGAGUGUGUUGACUCGCCCAGCGGGACAGGAUACAUCUGCAAUUGCUCCAGAGGAUUCAGAGGAAAUCCCUACCUGAAUCCAUCGGAUCCCAACAGCUGCCAAGAUAUUGAUGAGUGCAUUGAUCAGAACAUCAGAAACAAUUGCUAUGGGAUUUGCCGCAAUACACCUGGUGGGUUCGAAUGUAUUUGCCCUCCGGGUACCCGAGGCAAUGCUUCAGUUGGAGAAUGUCAGAGAGUGCUAACACAUGGAGUACUGGUUGCUAUCGGAAUCUGCUCUUCAGCAUUUGUUGGGCUUUUGCUUUUCCUUGGCAUAGAAUGGAUCAGGUAUAAACGUCGUAUCAUCACACAAGAUCUCAUGAAUAGGAGGGAUGCAUAUUUUCGUCAGCAUGGAGGCCAGUUGUUAAUCGAUAUGAUGAAAUUAGAGAGCUGCAUUUCGUUCAGGUUGUAUGACAGGGAAGAAAUUGAGUUGGCAACAGACAACUUCAGGGAAAGUGCAAUCCUUGGUCAGGGUGGUCAGGGUACUGUUUAUAAAGGCUAUGAUCUAGAUCCUGACAAUAAUCCAGUUGCAAUCAAGAGAUGCAAGGGAGUCGAUGAGAAUAAGAGGAUGGAAUUUGGUCAGGAAUUGCUCAUACUUUCCCGAGUGAGGCAUGAGUACAUCGUAAAACUUCUUGGUUGUUGUUUGCAGUUCGAAGUUCCUGUUCUAGUAUAUGAAUUUGUGCCGAACAGGACACUGCACUAUCUGAUCCAUGGCCAAAGUGAGCCAUCCAUCAGGACAUUGCAGAUCAGACUGGAAAUUGCUGCCCAAUCAGCUGAAGCUCUUGCGUAUCUGCACUCACUUGAUCACCCUAUUUUCCACGGGGACGUGAAGUCGGCCAACAUACUUAUUGGCGACAAAUUUGUCGCGAAGGUUUCUGACUUUGGGUGCUCCAUAUUUAGGGCAGCGGCCGAUGAAAAUGUUAACGUAGUGAAGGGCACAAUUGGCUACCUAGAUCCAGAGUAUCUCUUCAAUUUCCAGCUGACAGAUAAGAGUGACGUGUAUAGUUUUGGUGUGGUUCUCCUAGAGCUCUUAACCCGAAGGAAGCCGCUCGCUAAAGAGGUGAGCCUUGCCUCUGUGUUCCAAGAGGCUAUGAAGAAGGGAGACCUUGAUCAGAUCAUAGAUAGGGAAAUUCUGCACGAGGAUAACAUGGAAUUGCUACACGAAUUCGCAGAACUGGCAAGCCAGUGCUUGGUAAUGGAGGGUGAGAACAGACCAGAGAUGAGCCGUGUGGCACAGACACUUUGGCGAUUGGCUGAUACGGCAUCGCAACAGCAGACUGAUGCAUUUCAGGGUAUUGGCUCACUCAGAUUGUUGGGAAACUCAAGUGCUAGCAUCUCGGACUCAGGCUAUUCUACUGUUGAAACAACAGGGUAUGACAGCAGGAAGACAUCUAUGAGCAUUGGUUUUGCUAGAUAAGGGCAUUUCUAAUGUAUAUGAACUGAACUCAAUCGUCUGAUAGAAAAGUUUUUGUUUGAGCUACUUUGUUAAUGUAUAUUGAGAUUUAUGUUUCUAUGUCCCUCUGAUAUUGUUCAACGUGGAUGGAGCAAGAGCUUACCAACGACCACGAUAUAUAGCUAGCAUACGGUGGUGUUGUGAAGAUGAAAGCUGUGUAGAACAUGCGGCUUUAGUUUGAUAUGGUAGAAAUAGUAAAAAAAUUCCAUACGUUUGUACUAGAAACAGAUAUGUGCAUAUUUUAGUCCUAGCAUGUUUAUCUUGAGAGUGCCAAAAUAAUUCCCUUUUUAAACUGAGUUAUAUAUACA